GCGGAGCAUGUUAUUAAUAAAGAUUAUAAACACUCACAUAGGAAUGGAGGGAUUGGUAUCUGCUGAUUCUUUACCCUCCGCUGAUUUCAGUAUAGCAGAUUUAGACAGCGAAGAAGAACAAGAAGAGGAGGGACCUGUUACUAUAUUCACUAGAACUGGGAGCAAGCCAGUGACAGGAGGGGAUACUGAGACAAGGAAUCAUAUCAACGAACAAGACAUAGUUGUGCACGAUAUUGAAACUGAUGACAAAAAAGACGAAGACCAGUUUGCCAAGAAUGGGAAUGAAAUCCCCAAGUCUAGGGAUGAGGAUCAGGACAAGGAAUGGAACGAGUUUCAGUCUCAGUUCUACAGUGUUCUUGAGUCCUCAGAGACCAUGGUACAAGAGGCAACACUCACUGGACAGUUACAAAGACUAAAAGAUGACCUCCUUUCCAGUGGUCUACUUAAUACCAGCAGUGCUAAUGUGAGGCUCACUGUGUCGCCCGAUCAUAAAGCAACAAGGUUAAUAGGAACAGGAACUGAUGAAAGACAUGACAAAACGUCUGAAACUGGCUCUGGCAGUUCUCAUUUACUCCAGAGCAGUUGUUUUGAUCAGAUCAACGAGGAUGAUCUCGACAUGAUGCUGGAGGUAAUCAAGGAGGAGGCGGAGUCUAGAGAGGCCACACCCACAAAAGAGGAGGGGUCUUCCUCGUUUGAGUGGCAGCCGUUGGUCUCUACGAACCAGGAGCUAAUGUCUCAAUUGGAGUCUGCUAGUGUCCUGAAUGAGGCCCAGGUUGAGGAGUAUCGCUCAAUUUUAAGGAGCAGCUCUUCUUUCAAAGAAGAUAAGAAAUCAAAAUAUUCUGAACCUGAUAACCAGAAUGUUAUACAUUUGGAUCUUCGUCCAACAAACACGAUGCAUUUUGAUACUGAAUCACACGAUGAGAUGAGUUCAUCUGCCAAGAGGCUAAUGGCCCUUAGGCUCUCAGGGAAUAAGUCCAGUGUGGGGGAGGAGGAGGAGGAGAGCUAUGACGCUCAUUCGUGGAAAAUUGAGAGACGAAAGUUUAAAAACACCUCCAGCUCCAGUGGAGGAGAGAGUGACACUAAAGCUUCUCAGCCAGUACCUGUGUUAGAAAAAACUCUACCUGUUCCAAAUGAGACUUCUAUCUUACCUCCUCCUUCCUCCUCGAAGAAGACCCCUCCCUCUUCUUCCCUCGUUCCUAGUCCCAGGACUCGCUUGACGUCAUCAGAGAGUGUCUCUGAAGAUGACGUUUUCUCUAGCCCGUCACAGGAAGGACUUGCUGGCCCUGAAAACUCUUCUCAAGGAGGAGGAGGAGGAGGAGCAAAGUCAAAACAAGAUGGGAAAUCCAAGAGGAGGAAACACAAAGGAUGUGGUCGAAAUGAUAGUGGGAGUGGCAGCGAGAACGAGAAUAAGAGGCGGCAAAAGGGGCGUGGUCGGAAGGACAGCGGGAGCAGCAGCGAUGGAGAAGGUAAAGGAAAGAAAAAGAAAUCUCAAGACUCCAAAAAAGAUGCUAAUAAGCAACAGAAGUCUAGAAAGUCUUUAUCUCACAGAGACAGAAAGGAUAGUCUGACUCAAAGCAGUGAUGAUGAUUCAAUCCUUUCUUUCAAAGGCUCUCCCCCUACCCUCCCUCCUCCUGGUCGGUCCCUCAGUGAAGGUGAUGCUGAGAGUGUUGUCAAGAGUCUUGAGAGAGUCAAGUCGUUCCUUCAGCAGAAGAUAGAGCUACGCAAACCUCCUUCACUCUUUAAUGUACCAAACACCUCACCACUCUUCCAUCAGGAUGUAUCAUUCUCUGAUCCUCUCCUCUCAUUCCAUCCAUCUCUUACUGAUACCCAGUCUCUCCUCCUACUACCACUGACUGAGAAUGGACUGAUAGAUAUGGACACUGUUGAUCUACCCAGUCACACACUCAGUAUCAGUGUCACUCAUCUUCUACACACAAUACUCAUCACGUGGCUCAUCUCUUUAAUGCAUACUACUAGCCCUGAAGGAAAGGAAGAGGAGACUGAUGGUUCUGCUGUGUUGUGGAGGCCAUUUAUAGUGAAUGGGUUACAGCAGACAGUUGUGGAUGGUCUUCCUUGUAUUUUAGUGACCAUCACAAGUACAGGAUCUUGUGAAAUCACUCAAUUAUUAUCAAGCUCUAGUCUCGCUCAGAUCAUCAAUCCAUUGAUGACUAUCUUAAACCUGACAUCAUUCAAUGAGAACACACUCUCUCAGCUCCACUCUUUAUCAACUACUCCUCUCUCAUGCCUCCUCUCCCUCCAGACUGACUCUUCUCUUAUUUCUACUCCCCUCAGCUUCUACUCUCACACUUUCUAUUCUCUUCGUUGCCUGCCCUCAGCUGAUUCCAUCCACUCUACUGCUCCAUUGCAAAGAACAGUGUGUACUAUCAGUCAUACUAACUUGAGUAACACUCGCGUUGUUUUCAAUCUUCUUUAUGAAGCAACUACGCAAGGCCUUGAUAUUGUUGGACUCAGACUAGUCUAUGAUACUACUACUAAUAAGCACUUUCCUUUAGCUCCAUUGAAAGAGAGAGAGAUAGCAAAUGAGAAAACAGAAGAGACCCCAGGGCAAGGCUCACCUGUAGUAAUACACAAGUCUCAUACGAUAAAGCAGGAACUGUGUGACGAUAGCUCAUCUCAGUUAGUCCUGGCUGUGUCUUUCAGAGGCCCCAAUGCCAUUUCACGUAUCAUUGACAUCAUAGGACCUGAUGAUCAUUCCCUUGCUCUCAUUACAGAUCCAGCCUCAUUAUCAGCUCAAUAUGGAGGAGGAAACUCUUCUCCCAAUUCAACUAGCAGCAAAGGUGUUCCGCUAGUGUCUUGUGUCCGUAACUCUUACUGGGGAGGCCUUGAGCUAGCUAAGUGGUUUGGCGGUCGUGCUUGCCUCAAGAGUGGGAGCAUAAUUGGAGUAAGUGAUGCCAUUACUAAGUCGGAGAGACGUAAGAGGCAGAGGGUGAGGUUCUCCGAGAGUGAAUCAGAAGAUGUAGUUAUUCCUCUCCCUGAGGAUAUUGAUUAUCCUCCAUUAAUAUCAAAUAGGCCAGCAUUGCUAGUCUAUCCUUAUUCAAGAGUCAUCCUGGUAGCGUCUCCAUUGGUUGGUCCAUCUUGUUACAGCACCCUCCUCAGUUCUGUGAGUGAGGCUGGUUUUGAUCUUCUAGGCAUCAAGAGGAUUAGGUUAAAUCCUAAACGUGCUCUCUCCCUCAAUAUCCCAAUGCCUUCCAUUAGUCAUUUCACUCCUUCUUCUUCUUCAUCUUCUCCAAUGUCUCCUAGCCUCAAUGAUAAUGCUCUCUCAUUCUCUUCCUCCCAGUCUGAGUCUGGUUUCCCUCCUCUCCCAUCUCUCCUCCUUAUUCUUGCAAGAGAGAAUGCCAGCUCUCACAUUCAGUUCCUACUCAAUACAGUCACUUCAUCCUUGAGGAACCUUUCAGCUAGUAAUCCUAAUAUUCUAGAUCCUUCUCUGCCAUCUAGUGGCUUGCUCCAUGUGACAGACUUUUCAGAGGAUGCACUGAAAGUGAUUGGUAGCUACACCUUCACUCCAAGCAGUAGCAGUGGAGCCAAACCUUCUCCUCUUCUAUUGGAGGAUAAGAGCUAUAAAGAAGAGAUAUCAUUAAUAGCAGUGUCAGGGACCCACUCACUCACUGAUGCACUAGAUACACUUGAUUCUCUCACAGCUAUCAGUAGACCUAAUAAAGCCAGUACACAUUCCACCAACAACUCUCUUGUUAGUAGCAGUAAGCCUGUAGUAUCAAGGGACGAAGAAGGCUUGGGUGGGUUUGAGCUACUGGGUAUUAAAAUUGUUCCUUCUCUCUCUCGUUUUCAAGCCAAGCAGCUCUGCCCCUAUCCCCAGUCCUCUGCUGGGUUCUCUGAAAUGGUUGAUAGCCUGUUUGCUAAACCGGUUUUGCUGUUGCUUGUGAGAGGGAUCAGCUGUAACGAGAGGGUCUGGAAACUGCUCAAGGGUUCCGAUAACUAUGAUAUUUUAUUGGGAAGCAGGAAGUCAACCAGGAUAAUUUGUUCUGACGAUUUCAAUAAAGCCUUCUAUCUGAGUACACUCUUCUUUAUCGAUAAGGAACUCUUCAGUGAUUCUGAUGUCUGGCCGUGGGCACAUCUUGUUCCUCCUGCUUGGAUUAACGAUUGUGCCAUUCUCUCUAGCCUAUCUGUUGAUCCUGAACCACUUCUGUCUGUAUUUACUGUAGCAAUAUCACACAUGACGUUGUUGGUUAAAGUAUUGGAAAAGCUUUCUCGCUCAGGAUUCCAUUUUGUUGGAAUGAAACUGACAGAAGGAGAUCAAUCUGAUAAGCUUGUAGUUGCUGUCUGUGUUGAGAGGUAUAAUGCUGUAUGGUAUUUAGCUCAUCAGCUCCAGUUGUUCACUCAUUCAUCAAACUCUUACUCCAAAGCCAUUUACUAUUCUCCUACCUUCAUGAGUGCUGUGGCUGACGUUCAGUUUUAUUUCCCUUGUGGCAGUGUUCACACUUUAUCAUCAGCUCUUCUCAAAUAUUAUCAAGUAUCAUCAGAUCCAUCAGUCAGUACUGGUCCUUUCUCUCCAAGGUCAAAGGUCACAUCGACUCCUUACGAGGGCCUGACUCCGCCCACUUCUCCGCUAUCAGAAGAUGCUUAUCUGAUCCUCCCUCCCUCCUAUCUCUCCUCACCUUCAGCCUCUUCAUCCUCCUCUUAUGCUUGUCUGUCUUUCAUCAUUGUCCUUGAUGUAUUGACACGAGCUGGUUUCAGCUUGACUGAUAUCCUUAUGACACAACUGAGUAGAAAGAUGGCACAAGAGCUCCUCUUACUUGUCGAUACUAAACUAAAAGAGGAUGAUCUAUAUAAAGAUGGCCCUGAUGUGAGACCGUGUAUAGUCAUUGGAGUAAGAAGGGACAAUGCUGCCUCUUGCUUUCAGUCAAUCAUAUCAAACUUUCUCUUGCAUUGCAGUGUAAGGGAGGACACAGUGUCCAUUGCUAGGAUAUUUGAUGGCUUGAUAGUAACAGGGACAGCUCAACAGACUUCAGCUGUUCGAAGUGUAUUUAAAAAUACUCAAAGUCAACCUGAACAAUAAGUACUUAUAAUAUUAGAGGACUUCAUGACGUCUUAAAGUGCAUGAGGUCCUGUUACGUACUGUAUCAUAAUACUAGCCUUUAUGAGGUAUAUACUAUACUAUACUAUACUAUACUAUACUGUAUUGUAAUAUUAUUAUACUAUUAUAAUGAUAAUAAUAAUAAUACAUGUACAUUAUCAAUAAAAAAAAAGAUACAAUGCUUUAC